AUGAAUCUUUAUGCCAACUUGAGAAGAGGGCUUCUCUGUUAUGUGAUCUUCUUCGUCGUCGUUUCGCUUUGCAACGCUUCAUCAUCUGAAGUGAUCACAAUAAAGCCAAGACAUUUAUCUUUGUUAAAGGGUGCUUUGCAACGGUCAAGUGGAGAACAAUCUGAUCUAUGGAGACCAUUGACUGAUCAAGGAUGGAGUCCUUGUAUUGAUUUGGGAAAUGCUCCUUCAUUACCGGAGAAAACCGAGGGAUAUAUUCAGGUGUUUCUUGAUGGAGGUCUUAACCAACAACGAAUGGGGAUAUGUGAUGCAGUUGCGGUUGCUAAGAUAUUAAACGCAACACUCGUGAUCCCGUAUCUUGAAGUGAAUCCUGUUUGGCAAGAUUCAAGUUCUUUUGUUGAUAUCUUUGAUGUGGAUCAUUUUAUCGAAUCGUUGAAGGAUGAUAUAAGAGUAGUUAGAGAACUUCCUGAUGAAUUAUCUUGGAGCACUAGAGAGUAUUACGCCACAGCAGUCCGUGAAACCAGAGUGAAAACCGCGCCUGUUCACGCUUCUGCGAAUUGGUAUAUCGAGAACGUUUCACCGGUUCUUCAAAGUUUCGGGAUUGCUGCUAUUUCUCCAUUCUCUCACCGUCUAUCGUUUGAUCACUUACCUGCUGAGAUCCAACGGCUAAGAUGCAAAGUAAAUUUCCAAGCUUUACGCUUUGUACCUCACAUUACAUCACUCGGUGAUGCUCUUGUGAGCCGUCUUAGAAACCCGUCAUGGAGAAACAACAAGGAACAACAAAAUGUGGAUCAUUUGCGUGACAUUACCAACUCACACAGUAGACAAGAGCCUGGAAAAUUCGCUGUUCUUCACCUUCGUUUCGACAAGGACAUGGCUGCGCAUUCGGCGUGUGAUUUUGGCGGAGGCAAAGCCGAGAAACUUGCAUUGGCGAAAUACCGACAAAUGAUUUGGCAAGGACGAGUCUUGAAUUCUCAAUUCACAGACGAAGAGUUAAGAAGCCAAGGACGGUGUCCUCUAACACCAGAAGAAAUGGGACUUCUUUUAGCUGCUUUCGGAUUCGACAACAAUACCCGUCUCUAUCUCGCAUCUCACAAGGUGUAUGGAGGAGAAGCUAGAAUCUCGACAUUACGACAAGUAUUCCCAAGAAUGGAAGACAAAAGAAGUUUAGCUUCUUCCGAAGAACGAGCUCGAAUCAAAGGCAAAGCUUCUUUAUUAGCUGCACUUGAUUACUAUGUAAGUAUGCACAGCGACAUUUUCAUCUCUGCAUCACCUGGAAACAUGCACAAUGCACUCGUCGGUCAUCGAACAUUCGAGAAUCUCAAGACGAUUAGACCGAACAUGGCGCUUAUCGGACAGCUUUUCCUCAACAAGAGCAUCACUUGGGUCGAUUUUCAACAAGCGCUUGGUGAAGGACAUGUGAAUAGACAAGGACAGAUCCGGUUAAGGAAACCUAAACAGUCGAUUUAUACUUAUCCUGCUCCUGAUUGUAUGUGUCAUGUUUGA